CAUCUAAUGCCGAGGCUGAAAGAAUCGCGCUCCCACGAGUCUUUGCUCAGUCCCAGUAGUGCUGUUGAGGCUCUGGAUCUCAGCAUGGAGGAAGAAGUGGUCAUCAAGCCGGUCCACAGCAGCAUCCUGGGACAAGACUAUUGCUUUGAGGUGACGACUUCAUCAGGAAGUAAGUGCUUCUCGUGUCGUUCUGCAGCAGAGCGAGAUAAAUGGAUGGAAAACCUGCGGCGUGCCGUGCACCCAAAUAAGGACAACAGCAGAAGGGUAGAGAAUAUGUUAAAGUUAUGGAUUAUUGAAGCCAAGGACCUGCCAGCUAAGAAGAAGUACUUGUGUGAAUUAUGCCUGGAUGACGUUCUUUAUGCACGAACUACCUGUAAAUUGAAAACUGAUAAUGUAUUUUGGGGGGAGCACUUUGAAUUUAAUAACCUCCCGUCGCUCAAGAACAUUACGGUGCACUUAUACAAAGAGACUGACAAGAAGAAAAAGAAGGACAAGACCAAUUUCAUUGGGCAAGUGAACAUCCCCGUCAGCUCCGUCACGGGCCGGCAGUUUGUAGAGAAAUGGUACCCGGUGGUCAGCCCCAACCCGGGCAAGGGCAAGUCCCCGGGGCCCAUGAUCCGCAUCAAGUCGCGCUACCAGAGCAUGAGCAUUCUUCCCAUGGAGAUGUACAAAGAGUUCGCCGAGUACAUCACUAACAAUUACAUGGUGCUGUGCUCGGUGCUGGAGCCCUCGCUGAGCGUGAAGAACAAAGAGGAGAUGGCGUCCGCGCUGGUGCACAUCCUGCAGAGUACAGGCAAGGCCAAGGAUUUCUUGACUGACCUGAUGAUGUCUGAAGUUGAUCGCUGUGGUGAGAAUGAGCAUCUCAUUUUCAGGGAGAAUACACUGGCCACCAAAGCAAUCGAAGAAUACCUGAAGCUGGUGGGGCAGAAAUACUUGCAAGAUGCCUUAGGGGAAUUUAUCAAGGCACUCUACGAAUCAGAUGAAAAUUGUGAGGUGGAUCCCAGUAAGUGUUCGUCUUCAGACCUUCCUGAACAUCAGAGCAACUUGAAAAUGUGCUGCGAGCUGGCCUUCUGCAAAAUCAUCAACUCCUACUGUGUCUUCCCAAGGGAGCUCAAAGAAGUUUUUGCUUCAUGGAGACAAGAAUGCAGCAACCGAGGCCGCCCGGACAUCAGUGAGCGACUGAUCAGUGCCUCCCUGUUCCUCCGGUUCCUCUGUCCAGCCAUCAUGUCCCCGUCCCUCUUCAGUCUCCUGCAGGAGUACCCGGACGACCGCACUGCUCGCACUUUGACCCUCAUCGCCAAGGUCACCCAGAACCUCGCCAACUUCGCCAAGUUUGGCAGCAAAGAGGAGUACAUGUCCUUUAUGAAUCAGUUCCUGGAACAUGAAUGGACUAACAUGCAGAGAUUUCUCCUGGAGAUUUCCAAUCCUGAAACCAUCUCAAACACAGCUGGCUUUGAAGGCUACAUUGACCUGGGCCGGGAACUGUCCACGCUGCACUCGCUGCUCUGGGAAGUCAUUUCUCAGCUGGAGCAGGGCACUGCAACAAAACUUGGGCCUCUGCCUCGGAUCCUGAGGGACGUCAACUCGGCACUCAGCAACCCGGCCUGCGUGCAGGUCUCCGUCACAGCCGAUCACACCGCGUCCACGCCCAACGCUGGCAACAGCAUCUCUGCGGGGCUGCAGAAAAUGGUGAUAGAGAAUGACUUAUCUGG